AGAAAAGAAAGAGUCUGGGGGAAACGCAGAACUAUAGCCCUUGGCUGUGGAGCGGUGGAGAUGAUGUCAUCGCUUCUGCCGGAGAGGCUAGGGGUGGAGCAGCGAAGUGGGAGCCGGCUCUGCUCUCGCCGCUGCCAAGGCUGCUGAGCCCACGUCAGGGGACGCAUCUUCAUAAAUAGGGUUCCACAAUGGCCGUGGCCCGCUGCGCUCCGAGCUGCGGGGCCCGAGACUGGAGCUUCCCGCACCGGCCGGUGCUCUGGAGGCUGAGUGCUGGCGCUGCUGGUGCUGGUGCGCCCAGGGGCAAUCGAAGUCCAAAGUUGCCCAGAACUCCUCAUUCAGUGCCGACUGGAGCUCCAGCAGGAAAAGCUCACUCCGCUGCCCCUAGGUAAAGAGAUAAGGAGAUCAGCGGGGCUGGAAGAAAAGGGUCCUCCCAGCAGGGACUGCGGCCCAGGAGGACAGUGCCAUGUUCCUCUCCAUCCUGGUGGCGUUAUGUCUGUGGCUGCGCCUGGCGCUGGGAGUGCGCGGAGCGCCCUGCGAGGCUGUGCGCAUCCCCAUGUGCAGGCAUAUGCCCUGGAACAUCACCCGGAUGCCCAACCACCUGCACCACAGCACUCAGGAGAACGCCAUCCUGGCCAUCGAGCAGUAUGAGGAGCUAGUGGACGUGAACUGCAGCUCUGUGCUGCGCUUCUUCCUUUGUGCCAUGUAUGCACCCAUCUGUACCCUGGAGUUCCUGCACGAUCCCAUCAAGCCCUGCAAGUCUGUGUGCCAGCGUGCACGUGACGACUGUGAGCCCCUCAUGAAGAUGUAUAACCACAGCUGGCCAGAGAGCCUGGCGUGCGAUGAGCUGCCGGUCUAUGACCGUGGAGUGUGCAUCUCUCCCGAGGCGAUAGUCACUGACCUUCCGGAAGAUGUGAAGUGGAUAGACAUCACACCCGACAUGAUGGUGCAAGAAAGGUCCUUUGAUGCCGACUGUAAACGUCUGAGCCCUGAUCGGUGCAAGUGCAAGAAGGUGAAGCCAACCUUGACAACAUACCUGAGCAAAAACUAUAGCUAUGUUAUUCAUGCCAAAAUAAAAGCUGUCCAGAGGAGUGGUUGCAAUGAAGUCACAACUGUGGUAGACGUAAAAGAGAUCUUCAAGUCUUCGUCACCUAUCCCGCGAACGCAAGUCCCUCUCAUCACCAAUUCCUCCUGCCAGUGUCCACACAUCCUGCCCCAUCAAGACGUCCUAAUCAUGUGUUAUGAGUGGCGUUCAAGGAUGAUGCUUCUUGAAAAUUGUUUAGUUGAAAAAUGGAGAGAUCAACUUAGCAGAAGGUCCAUACAGUGGGAAGAGAGGCUUCGGGAACAGCAGAGAACAAUUCAGGACAAGAAGCAAACGGCCAGCCGCACCAGUCGCAGUAACCCCCCAAAGCCAAAGGGAAGGCCACCUGCUCCCAAACCUGCCAGUCCUAAGAAGAACAUCAAAGCUAGAAGUGCCCCCAAAAAGUCAAACGUGAAGAAAAGUGCAAGCUAAUUCCUUUCCUCAAUGGAUUCACCCUUACAGGAUAAGGCAGUGCUGCCUGGGAGAACAUACAGAAGGCCACACACCACUUGCCUUAAGGACCCACUGCGGUUCUCUUUAUAGAUACAUCUUGCAGCAUUUCUCUUAAUGAUAGCUUCAGUGUUUUGCUUUAAGCCACAGAGCCCUGUUACUUGUUGGUUUUCUAGUUUGGAAAGUAGAACAGGGAAAGCUGGUAGAAGGGUACCUGCAUUGAGAGCAGUCUGUGUGCAUACUGUGUGACCUUCUGUUUUGAGAGUUUGACCUAAUAUGUACAUUAUAAAGUUCACAUACUAUGUCAAACAAAACUUUUUUGACAAAAAUAUUGGAUAUCCUUUGACUUCUGUUGGGAAGUAAGUGAUAUAUUAAAUAUUAUUGAAAACAUGUUUUUUGACAAAGGCAGGAGGAAUACUACUUGAAAAAUCUUCAUGUGUUUGUUGUCUGUGGAAAGAUUUUUCUGAUGAAUGGGGUUUUGAAAAGCUUAGAGCUAUGGGAUGUGGGAAAUGAUAAUGUGUGUUUGUCAGACUUUGAAAACGAAGCUAAAAAUGACAAGUAAAGAGAAAAAGGCUGUCAAUGUCUAUGUUCUUGUCAUCUGGCUACCACACCAUCCUGGAGAUGCUCCUUGCCAGUUACCCAUGAGCUGCCCCUCAAACAGUGUUCUUUUUUUCCCCUAUAUGACUCAAGUGCCAAGGAGACAUCAUGGAUAAUCAAUCCAUCAAGAGAACUGGGCCAUUUCACUCCUAGGUACUGUAGUUCUUCCAGUCAUGAAUAGGAAAGGAUAUUCUCUGUGUACUUGCAGGUACUCACAGCCUCCAUGUAGUGUCUGUGGAGCUAUAGUGACUAGGAUGCCUAAGCUGGUUCACAGUGUGCUAUGCCGUAGGCAGCACCCUCAUUGUUUCCAUAGUCCAGGGAGCAGAUGACACUUGGCUACCCACUGCACAUGAAAUUAGUAGAACAGUACAAAACCUUAAGACUUAGAUUUACCAUUGUCCCUGAUGGUCUCAGGAAAGUUCAGUGACAUAUCAUAAUCAUAGCCAUUGAGACACAAGCUGAAAUGAACAGGACAGGAGCAAGAGGAGAAACAGUUCUAUGGAGAAGUAUUGAGUGCACACUGGUCGCCUCCUGAAGGCUUUAAAUUUGCUUGCAGAGUGACCUCAAGCUGCUGAAGAAACCCACCAACAACAUCAGAAUACAAAGUAAGUGAUCCUGCUGAAUCAAACAGACCCACUGAUUAUAAAGGAAAUCCUGUUACAUAUUUCACAUAGCAUCUAAACUCUAAAAAUCUCUGGACAAGUCAUGAAGAACUAAUAAUUGCCUAUGCAGCCUGUUAGCACAAGAGGAUUGAUUGACAGAGGAGAGUUAGAAAGACAAUUCAUCACACUCUGCAGAAAAGGAGGAAAAAUGCUUCUGUAAAAAUAUUUUAAGUGUAAAACUGCAAUAAAAAAGUUGGGGAAUGACUUUAUAAACCUAA